AUGUUCACAGGAAGCUUCUGGUUCAGCGGGUCUGGCGUGGACUCUGUGAUCUCGUACUUCUAUCAAACUCCAAGGCAGCAAUGUGGCUGCUCAUCUGUGGAUUACCUUUUGAGUAGCCAGGCUGUCUUUUGGGGAGACAUUGCCUUAGAUGAAGAGGACUUGAAGCUAUUUCAUAUUGACAAAACCAGAGACUGGAUCAAGCAGUCAGUAGAGGAAAGGGGACAUAGCACAGGUGGCCUCGAGGAGCAGCCAUUUGAGAGCUGGCGGAAUGCGACAGCCGUGAAUACCAGCAGCGAGGAAGCCAGAAAGGAUGGCCAGGAGAGUGCUAUGCUUCUGCAGAGGCCCAGGACCUCGGAAGCCAGAGCUGAGACUUUCUCUCCGCGUGUCCGAAGAGCCACAACCUCGAGGCCAGAGAGGAUAUGGCCUGGAGGGGUCAUCCCGUACGUCAUCGGAGGGAACUUCACUGGAAGCCAGAGGGCCAUUUUUAAGCAGGCUAUGAGACACUGGGAGAAGCACACCUGUGUGACCUUCGUAGAAAGGACUGAUGAAGAGAGCUUUAUUGUGUUCAGUUACAGAACGUGUGGCUGCUGUUCCUAUGUUGGACGCCGAGGAGGAGGCCCGCAGGCUAUAUCCAUUGGGAAAAACUGUGACAAGUUUGGCAUUGUGGCACACGAGUUGGGCCAUGUGGUUGGGUUCUGGCAUGAACACACCCGGCCCGACAGAGACCAGCAUGUCACCAUCAUCAGAGAAAACAUCCAGCCAGGUCAGGAGUAUAAUUUCUUAAAAAUGGAAGCUGGGGAAGUGAGCUCUCUGGGGGAGACCUACGACUUUGACAGCAUCAUGCACUACGCCCGGAACACUUUCUCAAGAGGAGUUUUCUUAGACACCAUCCUCCCCCGUCGAGACGACAAUGGCGUCAGGCCAACCAUUGGUCAGCGCGUGCGGCUCAGUCAGGGAGACAUAGCCCAAGCCAGGAAGCUGUACAAAUGCCCAGCGUGUGGGGAGACCCUGCAGGACUCAACAGGGAACUUUUCUGCACCUGGUUUCCCAAACGGCUACCCUUCUUAUUCCCACUGUGUCUGGCGGAUAUCGGUCACUCCAGGGGAAAAGAUCGUCCUAACCUUCACCUCCAUGGAUUUGUUUAAAAGCCGCCUGUGCUGGUAUGACUAUGUGGAGGUCCGAGAUGGUUACUGGAGAAAAGCGCCCCUGUUGGGCAGGUUUUGUGGUGACAAAGUCCCGGAGCCCCUCACGUCCUCGGACAGCCGGCUCUGGGUGGAGUUCCGGAGCAGCAGCAGCAUCUUGGGCAAGGGCUUCUUCGCAGUUUACGAAGCUACGUGCGGGGGAGACAUUAACAAAGAUGCUGGUCAGAUUCAAUCGCCCAACUACCCAGAUGACUACAGACCUUCCAAGGAAUGUGUUUGGAGGAUUACGGUUUCGGAAGGGUUUCACGUGGGGCUUACCUUCCAAGCUUUUGAGAUCGAAAGGCACGACAGCUGUGCAUAUGACUACCUGGAAAUCCGCGACGGCCCUACGGAAGAGAGUGCCCUGAUUGGCCAUUUUUGUGGCUACGAGAAGCCAGAAGACGUGAAAUCGAGCUCCAACAGAAUGUGGAUGAAGUUUGUGUCCGAUGGCUCUAUCAAUAAAGCGGGCUUUGCAGCCAAUUUUUUCAAGGAGGUGGAUGAGUGUUCCCAGCCAGAUCUCGGAGGGUGUGAGCAGCGCUGCGUGAACACUCUGGGCAGCUACAGGUGCGCGUGUGACCCCGGCUACGAGCUGGCUGCUGAUAAGAAGACGUGUGAAGUGGCCUGUGGCGGUUUCAUUACCAAGCUGAACGGAACCAUCACCAGCCCUGGGUGGCCGAAGGAGUACCCCACAAACAAAAACUGCGUCUGGCAGGUGGUGGCCCCUGCUGAGUACCGGAUCUCCCUACAGUUUGAAGUGUUUGAGCUGGAAGGCAAUGACGUCUGUAAGUAUGACUUCGUGGAGGUGCGCAGCGGCCUGUCCCCCGAUGCCAGGCUGCACGGCAAGUUCUGCGGCUCCGAGAUGCCCGAGGUCAUCACCUCCCAGAGCAACAACAUGCGUGUGGAGUUCAAGUCAGACAACACGGUCUCCAAACGCGGCUUCAGGGCCCACUUCUUCUCAGACAAAGACGAGUGCGCCAAGGACAACGGCGGGUGCCAGCACGAGUGCGUCAACACGUCCGGGAGCUAUUUGUGCCGGUGCAGAAACGGUUACCGGCUCCACGAGAAUGGGCACGACUGUAAAGAAGCUGGCUGUGCGCACAAGAUCAGCAGCGCAGAGGGGACCCUGGCGAGCCCCAACUGGCCUGACAAAUACCCCAGUCGGAGGGAGUGUACCUGGAACAUCACGUCAACCGCCGGCCACAGGGUGAAACUCACAUUUAAUGAGUUUGAGAUCGAGCAGCACCAAGAAUGUGCCUACGAUCACCUGGAGCUGUACGACGGCCCCGACAGCCUGGCGCCCAUCCUGGGCCGUUUCUGCGGCAGCGAGAAACCGGGCCCCGUGGUGGCCUCGGGCAGCAGCCUGUUCCUCAGGUUUUACUCGGACGCCUCUGUGCAGAGAAGAGGCUUCCAGGCGGUGCACAGCACAGAGUGCGGGGGCAGGCUGAAGGCCGAAGUGCACACCAAAGAGCUGUAUUCCCACGCCCAGUUCGGGGACAACAACUAUCCGAGCCAGGCCCGCUGUGACUGGGUGAUCGUGGCGGAGGACGGCUACGGCGUGGAGCUGAUCUUCCGCACCUUCGAGGUGGAGGAGGAGGCCGACUGCGGCUACGACUACAUGGAGGCCUACGACGGCUACGACAGCACGGCGCCCAGGCUUGGCCGCUUCUGCGGCUCGGGGCCACUGGAAGAGAUCUACUCUGCAGGAGACUCUCUCAUGAUUCAGUUCCACACGGACGACACCAUCAACAAGAAAGGCUUUCACGCCCGAUACACUAGCACCAAGUUCCAGGAUGCCCUGCACAUGAAGAAAUAAUGCCGGUGUUCUUGAAAGACUGGCGCUGAGAAUGUUGUUUGUGACAAUAGCACCUUGUGAAUCUGCCCUAAACCGGUGUAUAGUAUUUUUCUCAAAAACUCAAAAUCUAGUUUUGGGGGGUAUCUAUCUGAUGAAGUUUGGCCAACAAGGAGGAGGGAUGUUUUUUUGAUUCUGGCUACAACGUUAUCCGU